GGCCGGGGCCGGUGCCCGGGCCGGUGCUCGUCGGUCGCUGGUGGCUGCGGGGCCGCGGCGGCGCCGGGUGCGGAGCUGCGCGGGAGCGGUGGCCCCGGGCCGGGCUGAGCCGAUGCUUGCGGCAGAAGCCGCCGGAGCCAUGUCCCAGCCCGAGGCAGAGCGGGCGGGAGGCGACUCCGCGCCGGAGCCAGAGCCGGAGCCGGGGCUCCCCGGGAGGGCCCCGCACCGCAACCGGCGGCUCUCGGGACGCGAGUCCCGCCGCGCCUCCUUCCGCUUCAACCGGCGGAGCUCGGCCGAGCUGGAGCUGCUGGGGUACCCGGCACCGGGCGAGGGGCGCGGGGGGUCUCCGCCGCCGCCGCUGCUGCCACCGCCGGUCGCUGCCGGGCGCCGGGAGCCGGAGGAGACGGAGAGCGAGGAGGUGGAGACGCGCGCGGUCGCCACCUCCCCCGACGGCCGGUUCCUCAAGUUUGACAUCGAGAUCGGCCGCGGCUCCUUCAAGACCGUCUACAAGGGGCUGGACACGGAGACCACGGUGGAGGUGGCCUGGUGCGAGCUGCAGACGCGGAAGCUGUCAAAGACAGAACGGCAGCGGUUCAGCGAGGAGGUGGAGAUGCUGAAGGGGCUGCAGCAUCCCAACAUUGUCCGCUUCUAUGACUCCUGGAAGUCGUCCAUCAAAGGCCAGCUCUGCAUCGUGCUCAUCACAGAGCUCAUGACAUCCGGCACCCUCAAAACGUACCUGAAGCGGUUCAAGGAGAUGAAGCUGAAGGUGCUGCAGCGCUGGAGCCGGCAGAUCCUCAAGGGGCUGCACUUCCUGCACACCCGCUCGCCCCCCAUCAUCCACCGUGACCUCAAGUGCGACAACAUCUUCAUCACGGGUCCCACCGGCUCCGUCAAGAUCGGGGACCUGGGGCUGGCCACGCUGAAGCGAGCCUCCUUCGCCAAGAGCGUCAUAGGUACCCCCGAGUUCAUGGCGCCGGAGAUGUAUGAGGAGAAGUACGACGAGGCGGUGGAUGUCUAUGCCUUUGGGAUGUGCAUGCUGGAGAUGGCUACCUCGGAGUACCCCUACUCCGAGUGCCAGAACGCCGCCCAGAUCUACCGCAAGGUCACCUCGGGCCUGAAGCCCAGCAGCUUCUACAAGGUGAAGGUGCCGGAGCUGAAGGAGAUCAUCGAGGGCUGCAUCCGCAUGGAUAAGGACGAGAGGUACACCAUCCAGGACCUGCUGGAGCACUCCUUCUUCCAGGAGGACACGGGGGUGCACGUGGAGCUGGCGGAGGAGGACGAUGGCGUCAAGUCUGGGCUCAAGCUCUGGCUGCGCAUGGAUGACACGAAGAAGCUGCACGGCAAGUACAAGGACAACAACGCCAUCGAGUUCCUCUUCGAGCUCUACAAGGAUGUGGCGGAGGAGGUGGCCCAGGAGAUGGUGGUCCUGGGCUUCAUCUGCGAGGCCGACUACAAGCUGGUGGCCAAGGCGGUGCGGGACCGUGUGGUCGCCAUCAAGCGCAAGCGGGAGAAGCUGAAGCGCUCCCGGGAGAUGCCGUCGCCAGCGGAGCCGGAGCAGCCACCGGGGGUGCUGCGGAUGCUGGAGGAGCUCAAGUCCCCGCUGCCGCCCGGAGCCCCGGUGCCCGCCCUGCUCACACCCGGCUCCGGGGAGUCCAUCUUCAGCAGCACCUUCCCCCCCGAGCCCGAGGAGCCCGAGGCUGACCAGCACCAGCACUUCACCUACCAGCACACCAGCUACUCCUCGGCCACGUCCGAUGGUGAGACCGACGGGUACCUGAGCUCCUCCGGCUUCCUGGACUCCCCGGACCCGGCGCAUCGCAGCUGCCCGGCGGGGGACCCCUCGAGCCCGCCGCCCGCCCGCCCUGCGCGCUGCUUCCCCACGAGCAUCGCGGUGCAGCUGCCCCCGGCCAGCGGCUUCUCCUCCCCGGUGGACAGCUACGCCUCCGAUGUGGCGUCGGGCAUGAGCGACGGCUGCGAGGGGCUGUCGGCCGGCGAGCAGAGCUCCAAGGGGCCGGCCAAGAGGGCUGCGGGGAAGCUGCUGCGGCGCAGAGCCCGCUCCAGGCUCCGCAUCACCAACAUCUCGGACAAGAACGACCGGGUGGUGGAGUGCCAGCUGCAGACCUACAACAACAAGAUGGUGACCUUCAAGUUCGACCUGGACGGGGACAACCCAGAGGAGAUUGCGGCUGUCAUGGUCCACAACGAGUUCAUCCUCAAGUCGGAGCGGGACGGCUUCAUCCACCGCAUCCGGGACAUCAUCCACCGUGUGCAGACCCUGCUCCGCAAGGAUGGGAGCGGUGCUGUGGAGCUGCCCCGGAGCCCUGAGACUGAGGGCAGCCCCACGGACCUGCCGCUGCAGGAGCUGGCGCGCUCCAUCUCCUCAUCCUCUCUCAGUGACCUGGGCUGCACCAGCCCCAGCCUCUCAGUGCAGUCCCCGGUCCUGCCGUUGCUGAGCAGCUCCCCAUUGGAGAACAACCUCGGCAGCCCGGUGGAGGCACCAGCAGCCGGUGAGCUGCAGCCAGCGCUGCUGGGCUCCCCUGCAGGCUCCGUGCAGACCUGGCCCCUUGUCUCGGUGGCUCCCUCCUGGCUGACAGCACCACCGGUGCUCCCACAGAGCCCCCCAAGCACCCCAGGCGGGCCCGUCCCCCCGGCCCUGCCCCAGCCCUUCCUGUCCCCACUGCUGCUCCCCACGUCCCCUGUGCCCAGCGAGCCCAGCAGCCCCCUGAGCCCCCCCGUGACCAGCACAUCCUGGUCCCCCACCACCCCCUUCCUUUCCCUGGCCAAUGUCUUCUCUCUGGCAGUGAUGAGCGUGGCGCACACACUGCUGCCCGGCGUCUCCUCCAUCGCCAGCUCCGGUGCACACGUGUACCCCCCGCUGCUGCCGCGGCCACAGAGCCUGGUGCUGGGGCCCCCCCGCUUUGUCUACCCCGACCCCACCAGCAUGGCCAAGCCAGCACCAGCCUCCAGCGGGACCCUGCUGUCAGCAGGGGCUGAUGUGCCCCCUGUCAGAGGGCCUGUGCCGUUCCCUCCCCCAGCACCAGCCCCACUGUGCCCCACAGGCAGCGGUGUUGGGGGGAGUCCCCUGCCAUCGCUGAGCACAUCCACACCAGGGAGCCUGGAGGGCAGCGCGGUGCUGCCUGGCUCCCCCAAGCCCAGCCACUCACUCAUCAUCUCGGAGUCACCAGGCCCUGGUGUGCCCAAGGCCCAGCUCUCGCCCAUCAAUGAAGCAGAGGCCAAGCCCCAGAUCCUGGGCCGCUUCCGGGUGACACCAACCAAGGACCUGGCAGCGACGGCUCCGGUGCUGGGCAGCAGUGAGGGUGAGCAGCACGGCUCAGAGCCAGCAGCCAGCGGCUCCCCCUUGCCCGCAGCCCCGGACACAAGGGGCAGCUCAAGCAGCGACUCGGACUCAGUGCUGGAGAUGGUGGAGCAGGAGCCUGAGGCUGAGGAGGUGCUGGCUGAGGAGGGCAGGGCGGCGGCAGCAGAGAGUGACCGGGAGGGUCCUGGGGAGGACGGUGGCGAGAGCGCCCCGCAGGCGGUGAUAAACCAGGUGUGGAUGAGCUACUCCCGCAGCCUGUCCUACCUGAGCAGCGACGACACCGAGAGCGAGGAUGAGGAGAUCUGGGAGGAGCUGCAGAACCUGCGCCAGAAGCACCUGGCCGAGGUGCAGCUGCUGCAGAGCGCGCAGAAGAAGGAGAUCGAGGAGCUGUACCUGCGCAUGGGGAAGCAGCCGCCGCUGGGCAUCGUGUCCCCCGCUGCCAUGCUCUCCAGCCGCCAGCGCCGCCUCUCCAAGGGCAGCUUCAACCCGUCCCGCCGCAACAGCCUGCAGCGCCUGGAGCUGGCGCAGCCCCAAGGCAUCAUGCGCCGUAACUCGCUGAGCGGCGGCAGCAGCACGGGCUCGCAGGAGCAGCGCCUCAGCAAAGGGGUGACCUUCGCCGAUGACUUCAGCCGCGUGUAGCCGCCUGGCCAGGAGUGACCUUGUGAACUACCUCAACCAAGUGCCUGCUGCCCCCGGGGUGGGGGAGAGCCCCCUCAGCGCCUCCCUGGGGGCAGCGCCAAGCCCUGGCAGCAGCCAGCGCCGUGGAGCCGAGCCAGCCGGGUGCCCGCAGCCCCUCACCUCCAGCCCUCUGUAUCUGCCCUCCCAUCUCCUCCUUCCUUGUGCCCCCUGGACCCCUCCCUGCCGUUCCCCGUCUGUUUCUCCAGCCCAACCCCAGCUGCAGGACACGUGCAAAGCGCUGCCAUCCCUCAUGGACCCCCGCAGGCAGAACCAAC